AUGGACAAACUGCUAACCAAUAUUGCAAACAGCAAGAAGCUGGGUGUUCUUGUGACUCCUUCUCAGGGGGCUUGGUUUUCUAAACGCAGCUUCAGGUUUCAAUUAUGUGUUGAAAUACUAUCUGGCUUCCAAAACAACCUGCAAAUUAAUUACUUCUCUUUGUUACAGACAAACCUCCCAAUCUUCAAAUUGAAGGAGUCGUGUGUGAGGAGACGAUACAGCGACUUUGAAUGGCUGAAGAAUGAGCUGGAACGAGACAGUAAGAUUGUAGUGCCACCGCUGCCUGGAAAAGCUUUGAAACGACAGCUUCCCUUCCGAGGAGACGAAGGCAUCUUUGAGGAGUCCUUCAUUGAGGAGCGGAGACAGGGACUAGAACAGUUUAUUAACAAAAUUGCUGGACACCCACUGGCACAGAACGAGCGCUGCUUACAUAUGUUCCUGCAAGAGGAGACUAUUGAUAGGAAUUACGUCCCAGGGAAAGUGCGCCAGUAGGAGCACCUGGCACUGUCUUCCUCCAUUCCACCCUCCCUCCUGCAAAAAUGACAUUUAUUUUUACACUAAAUCUGUCUUCUCUGAACCAGCU